AUGGAGUUUGAUCAACAUACUGGUAGCUCUACUGAUCCAGAAGUAGAAGAUGCUACAGCAUAUCAAAGGCUGAUUAGUAAAUUAUUGUACUUAACAAUUACCAGACCUGGCAUUUAUUUUAGUGUGCAAGUUUUAAGUCAGAUCAUGCAACAUCCUAAAGCUUCACAUUGGAAGGCAGCACUGAGGAUUUUGAGAUAUGUCAAAAAAUCCCCAAGACUUGGAGUUUUGCUCAAGAGGGUGACUGGUUCUACAGAGCUUACUGGAUACUGUAACUCAGACUGGGCCUCAUGUCCUAUUACAAGACGAUCAAUCACCGGUUACAUGAUAAAAUUUGGAAAUUUCUUGGUUUUCUGGAAGUCCAAAAAGUAG